UAGGUACGGUUGCAAUGGUAAUAACGCCUAAAUUUUCUAUAUUUUUCAAGUUGUUUACUUGAAAUAAAUACUAGCACAAUUACAAACUAGAUGCCAAGUGUGAACAAUAAAUCCAUAAACAGAACCUUGAAAAGCGUUGCUAAGCAACUUGCGUAAUAGAUAUUUCCACCAUAUUUACCGGAAAUUCACAAUUUGGGGGCAAAUUUUACCAUAAAAAUAAAAAAUAUAUGCAGGCCGCAGCCCUCGAACAAAACGAAACUUGAUUUUAAUUAAAGUAUCUUCAACAAGAAAUCAACGCAAGCACAAAUUUAUUUGCUCGAGACCUGCGCUGGUAGUACAUUUUUUCCGUUUUGUGACGAUUUCUGGUGGCGGAUUCAUAGGGACGUAUCAGACGAUGCAGCUGUAUUCACCUUGUAAUCAUUUAGGCCGACCAGGUAAGAAAAAUACACCUUCAGCAAAUUUCAACACGUCAUAUAAUUAGAUAUUUCAUCAUGUUUAACAAGAAUUUGAGGCUGUAAUCAAUACACACAUCACAUCAUGACAUGAAACGUUCGUGAUUUCCACCCCCACCUCCGCUACCUAUCGUUAGCAGCAAGAGCUUGCCGAUUCAGUACAUGUCUAGUAAAAUAUAUUUAUAUAAAUUAUUUAGCUAUAUACGAUGACAUUUGAAACAAAAAAUGCCUUACUUCAUUAAUAUAGGCCUUAUCAGUAUUUAAAAAGUUUGUAUGAAUAGAUCUAUCGGCCUAGGCCUUAAGAUUCAUUCAGACAGGUCUGCAGACGGCAGAAAAUCAUGAUCGGCGCUGAUGUUUACAUGUAUAUAUAUAUGUGUGGCCAACUUGCAUAAUUCUAUAAAUGUUAUUGAAUUUUUUUUUCGUAAACAUGAUUAAACAAAUUUAAUAAAACUUAUUAUGACUAAACUCUUGACAUAGUAGGCUAGUAUAUAUAUGCCGUGUGUGUUUGUUUACGAAUACUUGGCUGGUUCCUUAUCGUAUUAGUGAAAAAUAGUCUGGCUCCCGCCCCCGCCACGCUUUGAUCGUGAUCAAUGAGUGGCGUUCGCAGGGAAUGUAAAAGAAAUGAAAUCCUUGCUAUUUUGAUUUUUCAUUCACAUGCACCAAUAGAUAUAGUUCAGGAAAGAUCACAACAAAAUAACUUUGUCUCACUUACCUGUGGCUAACGACAACAAAACACACGAAUAUUCCACGAGCAAUGCACUGCGCACAUUGUCAACAAUUAUCUAUUUGAAUGUUACACAGCACGGAAGCAAAACAUUCUUACUUCCAUAUGUAUGCAAUUAAAUAUCCCAUCACAGAAAUGUACAAACAAGUAUACAUCCACUCAGGAAAACUGAUUCACUGGUUUUUUCAAAACCAUGUGCUAAAAAAGUUUGGUAGCUUGACGUCACAUCUGUCGAAUAAGGCGGACCAGAAGUGUAAUAAAUAAUUAAAAUAAUGUGAAAUAAUUAUUUUACAUCUUCACUUUUAAAUUCGGAUUUAUUCAAUCAGAUAGAAAAUAUACUAGUAUUAUAUGUUAGAAUGCAAGCGAAUAUAUUUUUAAGUAACAAAAUUUUCAAUUUUGGUCAAUAGUUUUGUGGUAUAUUUGUGUUUAUGUAGCUAUAAUUGCAAAGGAAAAUAAAAACAACCAUCAAAUGAUAAAUCAUGUGUAAUUGUGAAGUUAUAAAAUUAAUGUGUUUUUUUUUAUAGGUUUAAUAUUUUUAGCAUAAUCUUCCAUGUAGUGUGAAUGUGUAUUCUUUUGAUUUUGAGUUAAGCUGAUACUUCUUGAAAUUAAUCGCAAAUACUUCAGAAUGAAUAGUUUUCCAACGAAAAGAAUAAUAAUAAUAAUAAAAAUAACACACUAUAAUAACGGAUAUUUUCUUCGAUUCUUUUUUAUCUUGGGGGGGGGGGUGUAUCAAAUAAGAAAAAUCCGCAAAAAAAGUACAAUUGAAAAUGCAAAAAGUAAUAAAAUCCAAAUUAUUUGUUUCUAAAUACCAAUUAAAUGCAGUCUGUUAUUCUCAUACCCGAUUCUGUACUAUUUAAUGUAAAUGUUCUAAGAUAUUACAAUAUAACCAUAGUAACAAUUGAGUUGUUUUUUUUAUUUUUUUUUUUUUUUAUUUUAGACACUUUGAGAAAAAAUUACAUUUCAUAAGGUUUUAAUAAAUAUUCAUUUUUUUUUAAAUACAGUUGUGUAUACGUUAUUAAUCUAAACAUUAAAUUAUUUCAGAAUGAAUGGAUCCAAACAUUAUAAUUGUGUACUGUACAAAAGACGCCAUUCUCAAAGAGAGAGGAGAAAAGUUUAUGGUGACACAAGAAAGAUCUUGGAGAAACAUUUUGCCGUAUUUAAUAUAUCAACUUCAGCAGUGAUUUGCAAUAGAUGUUCUCACCUCUGGUACAAAAAGAAAAAGACCAAAAAUACUACCAUUCAAAGCCAGAGUUCGGUUUCAGAUGAAUAUUAUCCGCCCUUGAAGAUACCAAGCCUACAGCAUCCAGACAAAAGUCCGCCGUCUGUCACUUUAGCGAUCCCUAGCACCAGUAUCAGUCAUUCAUACUGCUUUGUGUGCAAAAAGCCCGGACCAAAGUUAAUUGUCACUCCAACCUAUGCUAGAUACAGAACUUAUAUUCAAAGUGAAAUAUUUGUGCAAUCAGGAUCACGAUGCUGUCCAGGUCACAUUGAAAAUGGAAUUCUCUCAAAAGACGCCAUAGACAAGGUCAAGGCUUCUAAGGAUUCCUGCCACCUCAACAGAUCCGCAAUACUGGAGCUUUUACAGCAAGCUAGAGAGGAGGUCCUUAAAAACGAGGGUACAAGACUUGACUUCGAUGAACCUACGGGUUUAAGUGACUCAGACUAUUAUAAUUUAACCGGACUCACUAGAAAGCAGUUUGAUGACAUUAUGACAAAUGUUAACACCAUAAGAACAACACAGACCAGGUCAAUCCGUACCUGUGUAGCUAUCCUUUUGACUAAGCUACGUUCUGGAAUGGACAACCAAAUGCUUGGAACAAUCUUCAAUAUGAAAAAAUUCCAGAUUCGCAGGGCAGUCCAAUCUGCAAGGAAGGCUCUGAUGGCAGAAUUUGUCCCAAGGAACCUCGGAUUUUCCCACAUCACAAGGGAAGAGAUCAUUCAGACCCAUACAAGGCCACUUGCACAACAAAUUCUGUCCAAUGUAACAUCUGCACCUGCAAUAUUAGUGUUGGACGGAACUUAUAUCUAUAUUCAAAAAAGUGGAAACUACACCUUCUCCAGACGAUCUUUCAGUAUGCACAAGCGAAGACCCCUUUUAAAACCCAUGAUGAUCGUCUCCACAACAGGAUAUAUCGUCAGUGUCCUUGGACCUUAUCUGGCAGAUCCAAAGAACAAUGACUCCUCUAUUCUCAACCAUUCGAUUCAUUCAAACACAGAUGAAAUAAAGACCUGGGUCAGAGAGGACGAUAUAUUUGUUGUUGAUAGAGGUUUCCGGGAUUCAGAAUCACUUUUGAAUGACCUGGGUAUACGUAUGGAGAUGCCUGCGUUUAUCCCGAAGGGCCAGAAGCAAUUGUCUACAGAGGAAGCUAACAGUUCUAGACUUGUAACAAAGGUCAGAUGGGUUGUUGAAUCCGUAAAUGGAAGAAUAAAGACAUGGAGAUAUCUUGGUAAAACACUUCCAAACAGCCAGAUCCCGUGUAUUGGAGAUUAUGUUAGGAUUGUCUGUAGUCUUUGUAACAAGUACCGGCCUCCUAUCAACUCUGGAACAUUUGAUGACGAUAUCACCAUUGCAUCAACAAUGACAAUGUUGGCCAAAAAGACAAACGAACUUCAACAGUUUGUUCUUGAAAAUGGGCUUGAUAAAAGAUCCAUGAAAUGGACUUCCAUCGACGCUGACAGCAACACCAUCACCGAUUUUCCCAGGCUUACUGAGGGAGAUAUCAGAAACCUCACAAUUGGUGUCUAUCAGCUAAAGACGGCAAAAUCAUAUGCGGCAGAACAUCUUACAGAUGAUGGAUUAUUUGAAAUUUUUGUGAGCGAUGAUAUACCCAAUAUUGUCAGUGCCAAAAUUCAAAGCCGCCACACUUCAUCUAAAAAGUAUUCCUUAUGGAUAAAAUACGAUAUCACCAUCUUGUCCUGGUAUUGUACCUGUAAAAAUGGAUCCCGGGUUGUUGGAAUGUGCGGUCACAUAUCCUGUAUUAUCUGGUAUUUAGCCUUUGCUAGAUAUCAGAACGAGUCUUGCGGUAUUCGUGACUGGACAGAGGAAGUGGAUGAUGCGGCGAGAUCCAUCGACAGCUCCGAGGAUGAGGAUACUGUCGAUUAUGAUGGACAAGAAGAGUAGUGCAAACCAUACUUUUGUUUAACGUUAAUUGACGAUAUUUAGUUAAUCACGCCCAAAAUGAUUUUUAUCAGUUAGUAAUUGUACAUGUAGUAAAAAUUUUGAAAUAUUACAUUUUAAAUCCACAUUUCAUCUAAUUAUGUAAAGUAAUGUAGAGUGCAUCGUAACUUUCACAUUAUUUAAUAAAACACAUUUCAUGCUGAAAUUGUGUUUUACAGAC